AACAAAAUGGCGGCGAGUCCCUUGUCUUUAUAUUGCGCGAGAAGUCUGUUUAUAUUUCCGUACCAGAAACUGCGAUGCUUCUGCACUCAAGGUGAUUCCCACACCGUCCAUGUUCCCGUGAUGUUGAAGGAAUGUUUGAGCUUUCUUGCUCCCCGUGAUGGCCAAGUAAGUGAUGAAAGUUGUCAUCGGUUUCGAUUCGCUCGCGGAAAUUUGUCACGUCAGAAUGAAACCGUUAUUUUUUCUUUUGCCUAAUUCUGUUCUUAAAGUUCCUAAAGCUACUGUUGCUCAGAUAAACAAUAUUCUAAUAUUAUUGCAACUCUCAAAUUUGAGACAUUUUUGUGGUGUGAUAUAUAAAUUGCCACGCGUGUUUUACUUUUUACUUAUUUUCUCCCUUGUUUUAUUUUUAUUUUCCUUUGGUUCUCUAAGCUUAUGAGAUUUAGCUUUACAAAACCAGUAAAAGCUUAAACAAUUUUCGGUAGAUCUAUUUAUUUUUCCAGUUAUUUUGUUAUUUAUGAUAGUGGAAUGUAAAUUGGUCAUAUGUUAAUACAGAUUUUUGUUACCAUUAUAAAAAUAAUAAUAAUAAUGAUAAUAUUAAUAUUAAUAAUAAAUUCAGUUAUGAGAGUGAGUGUAUGUAAGACUACUGUGAUGUAUUUCUAUUUCCUGACUUUUAAGGUUUUUAUAGAUGCCACAUUUGGGUCUGGAGGUCAUUCUGCAGCAAUCCUCAUGAGUGCAAAAUGUAAAGUCUUUGCUUUAGACAGAGAUCCAGCUGCAAUUGAAAUAGCAGACAUUUUAUCUGAAAGAUCAGAAUUUAAGGGAAGGCUGUUUCCAGUCUUAGGAAAAUUUAGUAAUAUCUAUAACGUACUAAAGAGCCAUGGUGUCAAGAAUGAAUCUGUGAAUGGAAUGUUGCUUGACAUUGGUGCAUCCAGUAUUCAGUUUGACGACCCUGACAGAGGAUUUUCAUUUUAUAAAAAUGGACCUUUAGACAUGAGAAUGGAUGUUAGGAAUGUCACUAAAGAAGGGGCAAAAGGUGAAAGAUUACCACUGACAGCAGCUGAUGUGGUGAAUUCUAUUAAUGAAACAGAACUUACUGCUGUUUUGAGACAGUACGGACAAGAAAAGGAAGCGGGUUAGUAUUUGCUGGACAUUACAACUCUGUAGUGGGUCCAUGGUCCUUGCUAAUGCUAGCUUUCAACUACAUAUUUCCUUGCUCUUACUUAUUUCACACAUUCACUAACUGACUGACUGACGGUCUGAUUGGAAACUGAGGGUAAAGAGUAAAUGAAUGGAUAAAUGGCAAGUUGGCUGACCAAUGGGUCGAUAGACUGGCUAACUGGUCAGAUUGGUUGGCAGGUCUACAUGAACUCAUUGAUUGGGAGCUUUGAAGGCCUAUUAACUGGCUGGCUGCCUGGCUUGCAGUCUACCCUGUGCACAGUCUGACCACCUGACUGGCCCUCUGUGUAACACACACACUGUCUGACUGAGUUACUGACUCUCUAGCUGUCUGACUGACUGACCUACUAACUAGCUGUCUGUCUGACUGACUGACCAAGUGACAAACUGUCUGGGUGACUGACUGACUGGCAGACUGACUGUCUGGCUUUCUGUGUAACAUACUCACUAUUAACUGGUCAGCUGGCUGGCAUGCAGUCCUAUUCUACACAAUGUCUAAACAAAAAACUGGCUGCCCUCCUGUGCAGCCUACACUCUAUCUGACUGACCAAUUGGCUGACUUGCAGACUAUUUGCUUUAUACACUGUUGGACCAACUGACUGACUGACUGACUCUCCUUCUGUUUAACAUAUGCUAGGCCUGACUGACUGACUUGCUGUCUUGCAGUCUUUCCAAUCCUACACUCUGGCUGACUGCCUGAGUUCCUUGUUACCUGGCAAAUUUUGGGGUUUAAACCGUUCACCCCUGGAAAUUUUGCCUAAAAAUGCCUUUUAAAGCAAAGAGAAAAAGUUUUGGGGAAAACUUUUGUUAUCAUAGGAUCAGAUGGAUUUGAAGUGUGUAGUGGAACAAGGUUUUCACUGGAAAUUUCCGGUCAACUGUACAUGGCUUUUUGCGUUUUUCUCCAUCCAGAUUGACUGGAUCGUGUUCAUUCGGGUAUGGUUUUAAGAAGAUUUCUCCCUAAUGAUUAAUUGGUUAGGCCAAUAGCUCAUCUGGUUCACGCACGUGUUCAUUUUAUCUGAAUAAGACUUGAAUGUAUGACUAACCUCUUUUUUUUCUUUUUAGUCCGUAUAUCUCGUGCUAUUGUGCGAGCUCGUGACAGGAUUCCAAUAGUAUCCACCAGACAGUUGGCAGCCAUUGUUACUGCAGCAGUUCGUAACGUCAGAACUGACAGGUUCUCGCGUCAACUGCACCCUGCUGCAAGAACCUUCCAAGCUCUACGCAUACUUGUAAACGACGAGUUGAAUGAACUCCAGUGCGCUUUGAAAACAGCACAUAAACUUCUUUGCCCUGGAGGGCGCCUUGUCGUGAUUUCCUUUCAUACGCUAGAGGACUCGAUUGUCAGGCAUUUUUUCAAAGAAACAAACUCCGAAGUGAGUUAUUUGCGUUCGAGAACGAAUGUCACGGGUAAAGCCAAGACGAGUACGUGGCUACCCCUCCAUAAAAAAGUCAUUUACCCCUCGGAUGAAGAGGUUUACCUUAAUCCUCGCUCACGAUCAGCCAAGCUACGGGCGGCUGCAAAAGCGGACAAUUUGGUUCUGGAUUUGACUGAACUUACAAACUUAUUGGACAACAACACCGGACAAACCUUCCAUAACGGCACAUCACCGCUUUGA